AUGUGUUUUGUUGCCGUGUUCAGGGUUGGGCUCGAGCGCUCCGUCUCUCCUCCGCCUCUCCCUGCUACUGACCCCACCCUGCGUCCCCACCCCUCAGCUGUGUCAAUCAGAGACUAUGCAGCCAGCCGCAAAGCAGCUCGAACCAGCAGCAGCGCCCAUCACUACCCGAUGCUUGUGUGUAACCUGUUUGAACUGCUUUACAGAGUCACCCGACGUGCAUGCGACGAUGCUCCUAUUCCCGAGGAGCAGGAGACGGAGGGCCAGAGACAGCUACACAGCCUGUUACUGCAGCAGCUUGACACCGGAGUGGACGUGAACCGUUGCGUGGCCAAGAGGCAAUGUUUCGCCCCCGCGGCUCUGUACAAGCCAUUUGGCGAACAGGCGGCUGGUGUGCGUAGCCUGUCCCAGUUCCAGGCCCUACAGGACGGGGAGCAGGAGCUGGCCAGCCUGCGAGAACUGGGCCUCACUGACGCCGAAAUAGAGUUGUGGAGGAGUCGGGACACUCCAGAAACGGCUGGGAAGGCAGGCGGGGUAAGUGUGGCUCCGGAGGUGAGAGCGGAGCGUUUGCGGGUCAUCCAGGAGAAGAUGGAGGCACGGGAGGAGUUGCUUUCGCGACCUCAGCGUUUCUCCGCCAGCAGAGCGCUCUCCCGCAGAGAGAUGGAGAUCGAAAAGGCGCUUUUUCACGGCAGUGACCGGCUGGGCUUUCUUACUGCUCUCUACCACCAAGAGGAAGGAUCACAGGAUGUCCAGCAGGGGGCGUCCUCUGACCCUCUGGACUCACUCUACAGGGAUUUUUUCACUGAAGCACACAAGGACAGUUCUGCCUUAUCACAUAAGGACACUGCCUCUGCAGAGAGCACAGUGUUACCCCAACCUAAACCUUCGGACCAAUCACAACCUUCAGAGACCAACAGAGACCAAUCGAAAACCUCACACAUUAAUGAUGACCAAUCAGAAACCCACACCGACUGUCAAUCCAAACGUUCUGACCAAUUAUCCACGCAUCUGAAGGACACUAACUCGCAGCCACAAUCUCAGGAGGCGGAUGUAAGCAAGCCAUUGGCUGUGCCCAGCACAAUCACAGUUAGUCAGCCAAUCAGGACUCUAAAUGCCGUGUGUGGGCAGGGCCUGAACGGACCGCUGGUGGUUAGCGGCAAGAUAGAAGAGAUUUCCAAUGAGGACAUCUGCAAGAAUCGGGAGACGGUCGAAGGGAUCCAGAACAUUCCACGCUUUCAGAACUAUCAGAGAGGAGAACUGUCAAAUGUGUUGUGUGUGAGAAACCUGAGUCCACGGGCUUCACUGGCCCAGCUGGUGUCUCUGUUCUCUCGGUUCCAGAGGGACGAUGGAGAACCCAUCACGUACCGUCUCCUGACGGGCCGACUCAAGGGACAAGCCUUCAUCACGUUCCCAGAUGUAGACGCAGCGCGGGCCGCUCUGGACCUGGUGAACGGAUACAGACUGUUGGACAAACCUCUGGUGAUUGAGUUCGGCCGUGAACGAGGGAGCGAACAGAGUGAGAGAGUAAAGAGGGAGAAACACACAGCGGACCUCCGCGCCCCCUCGCAGACGGGGGUCCAGGAGGACCGGCGAACGUCGUCGACGGGUCCGCUCACAGGUUCUUCAUGUCAGUAGCACUCCCGUGGUUCG